GAUUUGAUUGUUAUUUUAAUCUUGUCUAUGACUACAAUUUAUAAUUGUCAAAAUAUCGAUGAUGUUUAAAAGUGUCUUAGUACAGAUAAAAAUAUUAGAUAAAAUAAGAAAUAAAUAAAAUAAAUCAAAAUGACGAUUAAUGAAAAUUCGGAAGUUGAAGCGGAUCAAGAUGCAACCUCCAAAGUUGAUACCACUGAGAGUGAAACAAACAUUUUGACUUCUUUUAUUCAGGAGAUGCAAGAUAAAUUUGAAACGAAAAGGGAAUUAAGAGCGAAAAAUGCGAACGCUUCCAACACUAGACCUAGUGAUUCGUCUUUCAGCAAAUUGGACUCGAGUUUGAAGAAAAACACUGCAUUUGUAAAAAAAAUCAAGAAUUUCUCAUCACCACAUGUGGACAGCUAUCUCAAAGACAUGUCUGGUUUAAAUUUAUCCAAGUACAUAUCAGAAAUAGCAGCUGCGAUAGUUGACUCCAAACUUAAGAUGAGUGAUGUACCAGCUGCUGUCAAAUUAUGUAGUAUCUUACACCAAACUUACACAGAAUUCUCUCAACACCUUUUUGAAAAUUGGCAAAAAGCUUUAGCAGUGAAGGUUGGAGAAAAAAUUCCCAAUCCCAGCAAAUUACGCGUUGAUCUGAGAUUUUAUGCUGAUUUACUGCAAGCUGGUAUAUUCUCAAAUAAAAAUGCUUUAUCUUUACUUGGUUCAGUUUUGACGACACUAAUUAAUAUGGACAAAGAGGAGCACUUCAAUAUUGCUAUUAUUUUAAGUUUUUGUAAACAUUGUGGAGAUGAUUAUGCAGGUCUUAUUCCAAGAAAAAUGAAAGAACUAUCAACAAAGUAUGCAAUGGAAAUUCCAAAAAGUUCGUUCUUACCACCGGAAAAACAACAGAACGUUCGAGCUUUAUUGAAGGAUUAUUACAUUUCGCUUUCCAAACACUUGGUGAAAGAUCAUAUCGAAAUGCAAAACUUUGAAAAGCAGAAUUUAAGAAUACUUCAAACAAAAGGGGAAUUGAGUCAAGAGAGGAAGGAUAAACUUGAACAACUCCAAUCGGCUUAUGAGAAACUUUUAGCAAAUACACAAAAUUUUUCUGAUAUACUAGACGAAGAUAUGCCUGUGUUAAGAUCACAAACUUUACCUAAAGGUGAUGAAAAUAUGAUAGUAACUGGUUCCGGUACAGAUUUAGACGACACAUCAAAUAACGUUGAAAAUAUAUGGUGUGAUAUUGAAACCCAAAAAUUCUAUUGCGACUUACCAGAAUUGACUGUCUUUCUGCCAACUGCUUUUUUAAAUAAAGGCCAAACUCCUCCGCCGACAGAAACGGUAACUGAAGAAGUUUUGGAUAGUGAUUUGCCUGUUGAAGAAUUGGAAGAUGACAGUAAAGCUGAUGAACCGGUAGCCGCCGAAGAAGAAAUAGAAGAUUCAACUUCGAUAACAGCCAGUAAUAAAAUAGUCCUGGAAGCCUUUCUCAACAAUCUACCGAAUUGUGUAAAUCGAGAAAUGAUCGAUAAUGCGGCAAUCGACUUUUUGGUGACAUUAAAUAACAAACAUAAUCGUAAAAAGUUAGUUCGUACCCUUUUCGGCGUGAACCGUACCAGAUUAGAUUUGCUACCUUUUUAUGCUCGAUUUGUUGCCAUUCUACAUCCCGCUAUACCAGAAGUAGGUAGCGAAUUGUGUCAAAUGCUAAGGCAGGACUUUAAAUAUCACGUAAGGAAAAAAGAUCAGAUAAACAUCGAAUCAAAGAUUAAAGUAGCCAGGUUUAUAGGGGAACUAGUCAAAUUCAAAUUGUACUCAAAAAUAGAAGCCCUAUACUGCCUGAAAGUAUUACUGCAUGACUUUUCCAAUCAUCACAUCGAAAUGGCUUGUAAUUUACUAGAAGUAUGUGGAAGAUUUUUAUACUGCAGUCCGGAUUCCUACCAAAGAACCAAAGUCUAUUUAGAACAGAUGAUGAGGAAAAAAUCAGUGAUGGCAUUAGAUUCCAGAUAUGUAACUCAAAUAGAAAAUGCUUAUUACUACGUAAAUCCACCUGAAGUAGUUACAGUAACCAAAAAGGAAAGACCUUUGAUGCAUCAGUUUAUAAGGAAAUUAUUGUAUCAAGAUCUGCAGAAGAACAAUACGGACAAAAUAAUGAGACUUAUGAGGAAAUUAGAUUGGGCCAAUCCAGAUAUAGCUUCCUACGCUAUAAAAUGUUUAACUGGUGCACACAAUCUGAAAUACUUCAAUAUCAGGUGUUUGGCUAAUCUUUUGGCUGGUCUUGUGGCCUAUCAGGAAGAAGUUGGUACCAAGGUAGUAGACGGUGUUUUAGAAGACAUCAGAUUGGGAAUGGAAGUGAACCUUCCUAAAUUCAACCAAAGAAGAAUCGCGCAAGUUAAAUAUCUUGGUGAACUAUAUAAUUAUAGAAUGGUGGAAAGUUCUGACGUAUUCAAAGUAUUGUAUUCAAUAAUAUCGUUUGGAGUUUCAAUGGAUCCGACCGAGCAAUCACCUCUUGAUCCACCACACCAAUUAUUUAGAUUGCGAUUAGCCUGCGUCCUAUUAGAAACAUGUGGAACAUACUUCAGUAGUGGUAGCAGUAAAAGAAAAUUAGACUACUACCUAACAUUUCUUCAAGCUUAUUACUGGUUUAAGAAGAAGAUGUGGCAAGACGGAUUUCCUCCUAUGUUAGAACACAUAUUUAAAGAUACUUUAACGACUUUAAGACCCAAAUUGAACCUUUGUCAAAGUUACGAAGAAGCUAUUAGAGAAUUAAAUAACAUCAAAGUCACUUUGGGAGUGGAUAAACUUUUAGAAACAGGACAUGGUACUGGAGACGAAGAUGGUUUAGAUACUAUCGCGGAAACUGAUAAUGAAGAAGUAGCUGAAGAUGAAAUUUCGGAAGGUAUCACUGCUACCGUUACUGAUGAUACUGCUACGGAAGAUGAGACUGUCGAUCAUACACAAGGAUCAGACGACGAAGGAGAAAAUAUGACAAGCGAAGCAGAGCAAGAACCAGUUUCCGAAUCUUUGGCAAUUCCGAAAGGACCCAAAAAAGUCGACUGUCCGGAAGAUGAAGAUUUCCUUAGCGCCUUGGAUAAAAUGGUUUCCGAAAAUAUCCAAGAGAGAAUGAAAGAACCAGUCAAAGCCGGAAAUUUAGACAUAUCUGUACCAGUCGUACUUAAAACGAAUGUUAAAAGAACCUACGAACAGUUACAGGAAACUCCUAAUGAGAACGAUCAAGGAAAAAUAGGGUUUGUUCUGAUGGUUCGCAAAGGCAAUAAACAACAAUAUAAACAAUUCGAAGCCGAUGUAGAUUCGGAAUUAGCUCAAAACCUCAGAGAUCAAGAACAAGCUCAAAAAGAAGAAAAAGAAAAAGUGAAACGCUUGACUUUAAAUAUAACUGAACGAUUUGAAGAAGAAGAUUACCAAGAAAUGAUGCAACAACAGAGCAAACCAGUUACACAAAAUUUGAAUAGGGAAAGGAAAAAAUACCAACAUCUUAAAGGUACCCCAGACGCCGAUUUAAUAUUUGGCCCGAAGAAAGUCCGAUAAGAAAAGUUGAUCUUAGAAAACUGGCUAUCUCUUAUCAAUCGAAAAAUCCACGCGAUUGAGAUUUCCGUGGAAACUAAACGUCUUAUAUUCGUUGAUGUGUUGACGCUAAGAAUCUUUCAAUAGAAAUGAACCUUUUGAUGUAAUUAAAAGAUUUCGGAUAGUUCGAUAGGCGUUCUGUAGAUUUGUUUAUUUACAUUGCAAGAAUAAAUCGACAGUUAUUUGGUUAAA